AAUGCGAGGAAGAAGAAAGGGCAAAUGAAAUAAAUAUUUGGAACCAUCACAUUUAAACGGACCAAUGAGCGUCGUCCUUCCUCAGCCAUUUAAAUUUACCCCCAGCCAUAUCAAGUCGGAGCCACAGCAAACAAAGACGGUUCCGUGAGAGGAUCUGAAGUGGGAUAAUUGGUUGGCCAUCCCCUUAAUACUUUAUAUACAUUUACUAAGAAAGUAACGACCCUGGAGUCCCAGCGCAAAAUGCCUACUCCGGCGGCUCAUGCCCGUGAAAACAGCCCCGGACCAAGUCGCCUUAAAAGCUUUAAAAAUGCUGGAAAAGAUAUGGAUGAGAUGAGAAGGCGUCGACAGGAGACCAGUAUAGAACUUAGAAAAGCCAAAAAAGAUGACCAGCUCCUGAAGAGACGAAAUGUAUCGUUAGACGAUCCCACAUCUCCCCUCCAGGAGCAGAACAGUGGUGGUUAUCAGAUGAGCCUCGAGGAGAUCAUCAAUGGUAUAUCAAGCAAUGAUUGCAGCAAGCAAGUAGCAGCAACUCAGUCGGCAAGAAAAAUGCUUUCGAGAGAACGCAAUCCUCCCAUUGAUGCCAUUAUUGAGGCUGGAAUGGUUGCUCCCCUUGUAUUAUUUUUGGACAGAGCUGAUAGCCCUGCUCUACAGUUUGAAUCUGCUUGGGCUCUAACAAAUAUAGCAUCUGGAACCUCUGAUCAAACGAAAGCAGUAGCAGCUUCCGGUGCUGUCCCUGCAUUUAUUAGGUUGUUAAGGUCUGAACAUGCUAAUGUUGCUGAACAAGCUGUGUGGGCCUUGGGUAAUAUUGCUGGUGAUGGGCCAGAGUUAAGAGACUUCAUUAUUAAGGCUGGCAUUGUUGAACCACUGCUGGGACUUAUUGGUCCUGAAACUGAAUACUCUUUCCUCCGCAAUGUAACGUGGACAUUGAGCAACCUUUGCCGUAACAAGAAUCCGUAUCCUCCGUUUGAAGUUGUAAAGCAGUGUUUGCCAGCUCUAGGUCACCUGAUAUUACAUCCAGACAAAGAAGUUCAAGCUGAUGCAUGUUGGGCUCUUUCAUACUUGACUGAUGGUACAAAUGACAAAAUUCAAGAGGUGGUUGAUGCUGGUGUAGUUCCUCAGUUGGUAAAGUUGUUGAAUGGUGAUGAAAUAUCUGUAGUCACACCAGCUCUGAGGGCCAUUGGAAAUAUUGUAACAGGCAGUGAUGUACAAACUGAUGUUGUAAUAAAGGCAGGCACACUUCCAAUUUUCCCCAAACUAUUGAAACAUCAGCGACCAAAUAUUGUCAAGGAAGCAGCCUGGACCAUUUCAAACAUCACUGCUGGAAACACAGAACAAAUUCAAGCAGUGAUUGACCAUGGUCUUAUCCCACCCAUCUGUCAAGUAUUGGCCACAGGUGACUUCAAAGCACAGAAGGAAGCUGCCUGGGUUGUUACCAACUUCACUUCUGGAGGGUCCAUGGCUCAAAUUGUAACACUGGUUAGCCAAGGUGUCCUGCCUCCAUUCUGCAAUUUAUUAACGGCCAAGGAUCCCAAGACAGUCAUUGUAGUUUUAGAUGGUAUUGCUAAUAUUUUGCAGACUGCUGAGAAGUUGAACCAGGUUGAUGAACUUUGCCAAAUGAUUGAAGAAAUUGGUGCUUUGGACAAGAUUGAAGAUCUUCAGAACCACGAAAAUGAGCAAGUGUACAAAAAGGCGCUGAGUAUUAUUGAAACUUACUUCUCCGAGGAAGAAGCUGAGGGAGUCUCAAGCACAACCAAUGGUCAAGCUUUUGACUUCGAAUCUGGAAACAUUCCUGAUGGAGGAUUUAAUUUCUAAAAAAUUAAUUUACAUCCGAAUAUGGUUCAAUAGUUCUUGUAGAUGGAAAAAAUCUCAGAAGUUAGGUUUUGUAAUUAUUUUUUAUACUUUUGAUAAGCUAUUUUUUAAAUUUAAGUUUCGGGUACAGGAAAAUUAUCCCCUUCAAAAUGAAAAGUAUUAGGUGAAAGCCAUUGCAGCCAUUCAUAGUCAAAACAAUUUACGAUAAUAUAAAUUCAGUGACUGUAAGGAAGGUGGUGUAGUGAGUAAUGUACCUUUGAUUUCCAUUUGUCCAUCCUUAUGGUAUGGGACCAAUACAAAAUAUGCAUUCCAGUUGGAUUUGCAGCAUAACUUCUUCCUUCCUGUCGUGCUUAAUUCAUAUUUUAGUAUAGAUUAUCUUUCAAUAAAAAAGAAAUUGAGGAA